CCCUGUGCACGUGCCCACUCUGGAUGCUUUGAGCACGCCUCCGCGCACCUGGACAAGGAGGGGCGUCAACAACUUCAAAAACAGGCGAUUAAUUGUCGAUUCAUAUGAAACAAACAGCGAUGUUAACCUGGCGGAUGAUUCAUCGAUAGUGAAUAUCCGGCAUAGGGCAGCGGUUUGGCGGGAGGGUCUAUACAGUCGUGACUAGCAUGUCUAACACUUUAUUUAAGAUCCCCUGAGGAAAAAUGAAAUGUACUAAAAAAGUUGUUUUUCUCGUCGCAGCUCUUUGCGUUACUAUAACGACGAUUAUUUACAGUCAAUUUGGCUUUAACACCACACCACAAAGAAGUCCAGAUGGAAGAACUGAUACCAUCUGGAACUUUAAGGAGGAGCAGUGGAAUCUCUCAACCAACAUUAGGGAGGAGGAAGAGGCUACCUGCUCCCUGAGAGAGGCUGCCCGACAGGGACACUUCCUGGGACAACGCUUCAACUUCUCAGUCCCUGUUUUCCAGUGGGCCGGAGGCUUCCAGAAAAGCUCCUGGCGCAGACUGCGUAAGCGUGACCCUCCUUACGGAUGGAAGGGCCUGGAAGUGGGGGUGCUGCGGGCCGCCCUGACACAGCUCAAGGAGCCGUCCUGUGGUCAGCUGCUACAGCGCGGGGCAGGUGACCAGUGUGUGCGCUGUGCGGUGGUGGGGAACGGGGGGAUCCUACGGGGCUCCGGACAGGGCGGGGCCAUCGAUGCGCACGACUAUGUCUUCAGGAUGAAUGGCGCAAUAACAAAAGGGUUUGAGGAUGAUGUGGGAACAAAAACGUCUUUCUAUGGCUUCACCACCAACACCAUGAAGAACUCCCUCAUAUCCUACAGACACAACGGCUUCACCAGGGUUCCACAGGGUGAGGGAGUUCGCUACAUCUUCAUCCCCUCAGACCGGAGAGACUACGUGAUGCUGGCUGCUGCCAUCCAGGGCCAGACGGUGCAGUCAGGGGCCGACCGUGGAAACUGGACGCCCAUGUAUUUUGGGUCAAAUCCGUCAGCUGAUAAGUUCAAGAUCCUUCAUCCUGAUUUUAUUUCAUACGUGACCCAAAGGUUUCUGGACUCUCACCAGCCGAAGAGUCAGCUGUACAUGCCCAGCACUGGAGCUCUGAUGUUGAUGACUGCUCUGCACACGUGCGAUCAGGUAUCUGCCUAUGGCUUCAUCACUAGAAACUCUAAAGACUUCUCUGAACACUACUACAAUGCCGUCUGGAAGCCACUGCGUUUCCUUGCCAACCACGACUUGCAGAUGGAGAGCUGGCUUUGGGAGUCCAUGGACCAUCACAAGCUCAUGACCCUGUACAGGAGGACAGUCAAUAAGCAGUGAGGACUGCUGGGAAAUGGAGUUUCGUUGUGAUUCUUCGAAAAACAAACCGCUGCUAGUUGUAGUUGACAAUUGUAUUGAAUAUGCUGAAGUGAGACAUGCUCUCAUUAUCUCCAGUAUACCUCUAGAAAGCCUUCUUCUUUUUUAAGUUGUUUUAUGGAAUCAUUCAAUGUUAUAAUUUGAUUUGCCAUGUUUUAGUGGUGACAUAAUCUGUCACUGCAAGAGGAAUGUGAAACAGAAAUUAAACCUGUCUAAGUUUGUACAGGUUUUUACAAAGUAAUGAAUCAUUUGUUGUUACCUUCAGGAUAUAAAGCACCUUCUGUUUAGAUUCUGUGUGUGCGCUAGAGAGUA